CUAGCGCUAAAUUGUUAUAGUAGUGAAAACGCGUAUCAGGAAAGGUGUACACGUUCUUAAGUCCUCCCUUCUGCAGUUUUUCAUUAUUAUGAAGCAUCUUUGUUGUGCGUUUUCGUGAAUUUUUCCUUUUUGUUGUAGUCUUUGCUGGAUAUUGGUCUGAUCGACGGUUAUGAUGGCUGAAUCUGUGAUAGAGCACGAAAUAUGUGGAAACUGUAAAAGGGAAAUACCGCAGAGCAACUAUGUGAUGCACACAGCCCAUUGCGCCAGGAACAUCACUCUGUGCAGGGUGUGCAAGGAGCCAAUAGCCAAGGCCCAGUACGAGGAACACUCCAAGACCUGCGUUGAAGCUCCCCCAAGACCUUCGCCCAGGAAGAAAACCCCAGAGCUCCCCAAAACCAACCUAGAGAAGAGCCCCUACUUCCAGAGCAGCAAAGAAGUUCAGGAUAAGAAGGUCGCUGAGAGGAGGGAGAAAUACCUGGAGAGACACGAGAAGUUCUUGGACGAUUCCACGUCUAAGAAGCUGGGUUCCCAGCCUCAAAAGGUCUCCGAAUCCACCACGAAGGUCAAGAAUGGCAAGACCUACCAGUCGACCUGCGUGGGCACCACCAGCAAGUUGGUCUCCAAUGGAAUUGGCGCUGUUAAGAAGGAAUCGAAUGGUGCCAUCCCCAAGCCCAACAGCGGCCUUAUGCCGUGCAGGUACUGCGAGCUGGAGUUACCAAAGGUGGAACUGGAGGACCAUGAGAAUUACUGCGGCAGCAGGACUGAUAAAUGUCUGGAUUGCGGUGAAUUGGUUAUGUUCAAGUACAAGCAGAUGCACCUGGACACCAACCACGGGUUCCUGAAGCUCAAAGAUGAGCCCGGACCUAGACCGUCCUGGGAGUCCACGACCCAGAAAUCGAGCUCUCCUCCGAGGAGGAGAAGAUUCGAACCUACGAUCUACACAGACUUUAGUCAGUUCGACCCCACCGAUUAUUUACCUUCGAACUACCAGAUACCCAAGCCUAAGAUAGAGAAAGGGGAGUCGUACAAGGAGAUUUCGAGGAGAUUGGAUUGUAAAACAGAAUACAUAAGAAACCUACUUCAUGACUCCGCUAGCAUAACCGUACCUCUUAGGCACAGCGGUGCCAUACCAAGAAAUCAUUUCAAUCACAGUAAAGGUCCAGCACCGCAGCCUCCCACCCGCCGCAGGAACCCCCCGACGGAGCUGUGCAUCCCCUGCGAAUUCUGCGACACCCCCAUCCCUCACAUGGAGCUCAUCGAACACCAGUCCGGCUGCAGACCGGACCUGUUCCGCAGACCCCUCCGAAGAGGCCAGGACUUGAACGAUUACUUCGAGGCCGCCAGGGCCCCCUCCCCGGUCGAAGAACCCCGCAAAUCCGACCUACCCCAACCGGCCAGACGUCAGAGAAAGCCGAAGGCCGAGCUGCUCAUCCCCUGCGAAUUCUGUGACUCCCCCAUACCGGAGGACAUCCUGAUCCAGCACCAGACAGGGUGCAGGCCGGAUCUGGCCCAAUUGGGGGCGUCUGCAGAGGGGGUGUCGACUCCUGAGGUCGAGCUGCCCUGUGAGUUUUGCGCUGACAUGUUUCCGGCCUCGCAGCUUUACAGACAUCAAGCUACCUGCGGUUAGGGGUGGUGUGAGAGGGACGGGGGCUUGUGUUUUUUAGUUUACCUUCAGAUUGUUGGCCCCGGAGGGGGUUUCGCAGUAUUUUAUAAGUUUUUGUUACGAUUUUAUUUGUUUUUCGAGUCGAUAUAACAUUAAACUGGCUUUAGGAAGAUUAACUGUUCAUUAUGUUACAAUUCGUGACAAUAAAGUUGAGUUGGAAGCUCUAUUUUUAUGUA